AUUCUAGAGAUAGCAAGAACGCUGAUAAGAAGGCGUGUGAAGAGUAACUCGUGUUUAAACAAUAUUUUCUCGACAUAUUGCUCCAUUGGCCGUCGGGGAAUACGCACGUAGAAAUUUUGCUGUCCGAGAUGAAGAUGCUCCUGCUUCUUGCCUUGGCCGUGCUCAGCUGCGUGGCUUCCCCUGCCAGUCAGAUCUUGGACCGAACCGACAUCACGGCCGCGGUCAACUUGGCCCUCAAAGCAUACCUGACCUCAGUCGAUGACCCCCUGACCUUGAACCCACACAUCGAAUACAAAAUCGACGCUCCUCUCAUCGCCGACGUCCUCCUGACCAUGGACGGGGCGACCCUGGGCGGCGUGAAGGACGUCACGGCCGAGAACUGCGACCUGACGGGCUCCGGACCUCAGGACAUCGAGCUCAACUUGAGGGCGUCCCAGCUGGCGCUCUCGGUCCCCGGCUACUCCAUGAACGGCACGGUGGUGGAUCACAUCCCGCUGGAGGGCGCGGGGCAGGCCAGCAUCGUCAUCGAAGACCUCGUGGCUAAGCUCGUCGGCAAGGGAACCGCCACUCUCAGUCCGUUCAGCGUCACGUUCACCGAAAUUGCGCUCGAUCUUGAACUUUUCCGGUGGACGGUCAACUUCGAGGACCUGGCCCCCGGCACUGACCUCGGCACGGUGUUCAACCAGUUCUUCAGCAUGUGUGGCCCGGAGCUCUUUGACAUCCUCGAGAUCAGGUUAAACGAGGGCGACGGACUUCUGGACUUCAUCAACGGGAUCUUCAAGCCUUAGAUAAAGAAGAGAAAGAGGGAGAGAGAGAGAAA